AUGACGACGCCGAUACUCAAACUGCCGAAUGAGCUGCUGAUAGAGAUAUUACGCCAAGUGCCCAGACUAGCGUAUGCCAGCAAGCGUCUCUAUCCGCUCGGGUACACCUUCAACGCGUUGUCGAUAGUGGGGCCCGGUGGAUGCGACAGGAACGGUUUCGACAGCCGUCGCCAUGCCCUACACGCGUAUAAGCGAUUCUCGAAAUACCUCACCAGUCUCAGUCUGAUUCCUUCGGCAGCUGAGUCAGUCAAGAAGAUCGCCAUAGGGAUGGGUAAAUGCAGGACGAGGCUGAGACCUCCUCGUUACGGUCGCACGGCUUACCACACGCAUAUCGAUGGCUGUCUCAGCAGGCUGUUCACAGAUAUCACUGUCACCCUCAAGAAACCUUUGAGUCGGUGGUGUGGUGUCCUGCAGACUCUACUGCAUAUCGCACCCGCUGCCAUCAAUAUUCGCAUCUACUUUCUGGCCGCGAGUGUAGAAGAUUACAUACUCGCAGCGCAUGAGAACGUGGAGAUAGUAAAUAACGACGACAGAGACAGCCCACGUCUGGAGAGAGUAAUAUUCAUAGUUAUCCCGGCUAUGAAGAAGCCAAAUACGAAUGGGGAAUACAAGGGAUUGGAAUACCCAACUGAAUAUGAGGAUAUGAUCGAAUCUUGCAUUGUUUUUGACAAGGUGGAUAGCGGUAGAUUGGAGAAAAGGCUAUGUGCAACGCAUACCAUCUACACGCUCGCUGAUAGCUAUGGCUUUGAGAGGUGCUUGUGUUGCGUGCAGGAUGGACUGGAGGGUAUGGUUGUUGUUUAG